AUGCCCCUCGACCCACCCGCCAACCCCAUCCUCCCCGGCCCCCACCCCGACCCCUCCAUAACCCGCGCCGGCUCCUCCUUCUUCCUCGCAACCUCCUCCUUCGCCCUCUUCCCCGGCAUCCCCAUCCACCACUCGACAGACCUAGCCACGUGGACCCUCAUCGGGCACGCCCUCACCCGCCCCAGCCAGCUCAUGCUCAAGACGCCGGAGCCGGGCGGCGGCGUGUGGGCCCCUACGCUCCGGUACCGCGAGGAGGUGCAGCCGGAUGGCGAAACGAAGGGCGUCUGGUGGUUGACGGCGUGUGUGUGGGAUCGGUACAGCCCGCAGAGCGGCGAGCGCGUCUGGCCGCGGGGGUUUGUCGUGAAGACGGAGGAUAUCUGGGAUGAGAAGAAGUGGUCCGAGCCGGUGUAUUUCGACCAGGUCGGCUUCGACCAGGACCUCUUCUGGGACAAGCACCACCAACCCCACCUCAGCACGACGUUCCGGCCCGCGCUCUCGCCCUUCCCCGCCGCACCCCCGGCAAAGGACUUCGCGGUGCACACGGCGCCCGUGGACCUGGGCAGCGGGCGCGCGCUCGCAAAACCGCGACUGCUGCGCGCGUCGGGGACGGGGAUGCGCGUCGCGGAGGGGGCGCACCUGUUCGCUAGGGGGCGCUGGACGUACCUGCUUACGGCUGAAGGCGGGACCGAGGAGGGCCACUGCGUUGUCCUGCACCGCAGCGGCAACGGCGUGGACGGGCCGUGGGAAGCUGCCCCUGCGGCGGCGGGUGCUGGUGUGCCGGGCGUGGUGUUUGGCGCGGCGGGGGAGGGGGACGCGGUUACGUGCGUGGGGCAUGCGGAUGUGGUGGAGGAUGCGCAGGGGGACUGGUGGGCGGUGUGUUUGGGUGUGCGGAGGAAGGUGUUCGGGAGAGAGACGUUUCUGGUGGAGGUUCAGUGGGGGGAGGACGGCUGGCCGGUGUUUAAUCGGGGAAGGAAGAUUGGUGUGAAUGAGGAUACGGCACCGAGGGCGAGGGCGUGGAAAGAUGGGUUUGAGAGUGCGGAGUUGGGAAGGGGGUGGUACCGCAAGAACACGCCCCUCAAGCCCGAGCACAGCCUCUCCGCGUGCCCGCACCACCUCCGCCUCCACGGCAACCCCUACACGCUCGCCUCGCCCGCCAGCCCCACCCUCUUCCUGCGCAAACAAACCACCGUCAACACGACCUGGCGCACGCGCCUCUCGUUCCGCCCCGCACUCCCAGCCGAAGAGGCCGGCACCACCGCCUACUGGGACUACUUCACGCACGCGCGCGUCGGCCUGCGCCUCGUCGACGGUAUCCGCACAGUGCGCUUCUGGCCGCCGGAAGGAGCGGGCCACGCUGUUGAUGCGCCGUUGAGCGGGGACGGCGACAUGGGGCUGGCGAUUGAGUGCGGCGAAGAGGCGUAUCGGUUUGGGUUCUGGGAGGAGGAGGAGGGGGGGCCUGGGGGGAUGUAUAGCGGUGAUGGGGAGGAGGAUGUGCGUAAGGAGGUACGCUGGCUGGGUGCCGUGCCUUGCGCUGUCUUGACGAGGGAUCCGCCGGUCGGGCUGCCGUUCUUGGGCGUUAUGUUGGGGCUGUAUGCGUUUGGGGAGGGGAUGCCGUGUCUGGCGGAUGCGGACUUUGCUUAUGCGAGGGUGGAUUAGGCGGAGGUGCUGGGUCGCAGAGUGGUGACGCUCCGGGUAGCGCGUCAGAGAUACGACUGUUCCUCGCCGGCCGCAUUGCUCAUCGCCUCGCUCGACUGCAUCAACACGACUGACAGGCCUGGCAGCCAGCUUUUGAUCAGUCUUGUCUCAUCGCGUCAUCCGUACUCCCACCAUCGGCUCGUAUCCGGGAACGCCCCGCAACGCCCGGAUAUCGGCGUCCACAAUCUCGCCCGCACAGCACCGCAACCCGAGCUUGACACGACAAAACCUGAAAGCAAAAAUCCCGUCCGACGUAAUCGGUGACUUGUGGCGCUCCCUGCCUUGAUGGUUGUGCAAUCGGCCAGGCCAGACGCCAAAACCAAGCUUUUACC